AUGUCGAACCUUAUCAAUGACCUUUUCUCCGUCAAAGGACUUGUCGCAGUCAUCACUGGGGGAGGCUCUGGCUUAGGGCUAUACGCUGCAAAGGCUCUGGCCGCCAAUGGAGCCGCUGCAGUCUACAUCGUCGGUCGACGAGAAGCCACUCUCAAGGAAGCCGCUUCGAACCACAACAACAUCAUCCCGAUCGUGGGAGACGUGACAGACAAGGCGUCGUUACAAGCAGUCGCGGAGCGGGUGCGAAAGGAGCAGGGCUACGUCAACUUCCUCUUUGCCAAUGCCGGAGUGUCGGGACCCAAAGCCCGUGAUUACCUCCCAACGUUGGCGAAGGGAGGAAAGCCCACGAUCGAGGAGUUGCAGAAAGGCAUGUGGGAGCCAGAAAUGGACUUCUUUUCACAGACCUAUCACGUCAACAGUAGCGCCGUCUACUACACAGCCGUUGCUUUUCUGGAUCUUCUAGAUGCUGGGAACAAGAAGAAGAAUGUACCGCAGGAGUCACAGAUUGUUGUUACCUCGUCAGUCGCAGGCUUCAGUCGCCACCUUGCCUCGAGCUUCGCCUACAGCACAUCGAAAGCCGCUGCCAACCACAUGGUGAAGAUGCUCUCGACCUUCUUCGCCCAACAAGGACAUCACAUCAGAUGCAACUUGAUCGCUCCAGGCUUAUACCCGAGCGAGAUGACGCAAGGCACUGUCUCUUCUCUUGAGACAGUCGAAAGUGACAUGUUUAAGGGAGCGCAUAAGAUGGCCCCGGAGAACUGUCCGGCGGGUCGGACAGGAUCUGAGCAGGAUAUGGCGGGUGCUGUCCUGUUCUUGGCAAGCCCGGCAGGUGCGUAUCUGAAUGGGGAGACGAUGGUGAGCGAUGGAGGUAGAAUGAGCCAGCUGCCGGCGACUUACUGA